UCACCUUCAUGACAUUUGAAAUGCCAAGACGUGAGGAUUCGGACAAGAGAAAGAGGAAAAAGUCUGAGAGCAGCUCAAGUAGUUCCUCAGAUUCCUCAGAUUCAGAUAGUGACUCGAGCUCCUCCUCCAGUAGCAGCUCCUCAGAGGAUAGAGAGGACAAAGAUCAACAAAGAAGGUCAAGGUCAGGAGAGGAAAAAAGAAGGCAUUCAUCCCACUCUGAUGAUAACAGGUCAGAUUCUUCGUCUCGUAAACAAAGAGGCAGGCAUAUUGAAGUAGUGAAAAGAAGUAGAAGUCCACGAGAUGAGAGGUCUAGAUCACAUUCCAGUUCUAGAUUGUCCAGGCGAUCCAAGUCUCCUUCUGUAAGAGGAAGACCAUCUCCUGCAGGGUCAAGGUCAAGCUCCAGAAGUGGCCAGAAAGUAUCAUCACGGCAUUCUUCAUCUCAACGUUCCAUUUCUUCACCUUCAUCCAGACGUGAAAAGGAUCAUUUGCAAUCCCUUAGCCAAGUUUCAGAUGAAGUAAGAAGAUCAUCUUCUAGGAGUUCACAGAUUGACAGAAGAGAUACAGAAAAGCAGACCAGAUCUCCCACCACUAGCCCUCCACCUCAAAAACAUGACGGCGAGGAAAAUCAGAAAAAGACACCACCAUCAAGCCCUCACAGAGAAGGUGAAGAUCGAGAGGGGCGAUCUCCGGACUCUAGUCCUCCUCAGAGAAGUGAGAAAAUUAGACCUAUAGAUGCAUCACCAGAGGUACCUCCAUCUGAUAAAAAAUCUCGAAGACAUUCUUCUAACUCUUCCUCUCCGAGUCACACUCCUCCGCGCGACGACAGAUAUGACAUGUCUAAAUACGAAGAAGAAAGCGGGGCAUCAGAGUCGGAGGAUGAGAAAAAGGGUCGUAAAAAGAAACACGACAUGCGGAACUUUGAGAGUGAGCCUGAGAGUGGAGAAUGCACAGAUUCUGAAGAUGAAAGGAGACUCAAAAGUUCAAUUAAGACAGACAGUAUUCCAUCUCACGUCACACUUGGCAAAACACUGAUACAGUUGUGCUAUAGGAAAAUGGAAGAGGAGGAUGGGAGUCGUAGGAGAGGUGAAGGUCGACGAGGGUAUUCCCCCAACCGCCGGCGAGACGAUAGAGAUGGCAGAAGACGUAGAUAUAGUCCGGGGGGAAAUAGAAGAAACGAUCGAUUCCGAGAUGAUAGACCUAGGGAUCGCAGGAGAUCACGUGAUAGGAGAAAUGAUAGAGAUCAUAAUUCAUUGGAAAGAAGAAAAGAUGAUGACCGUCGCAGAUCCCCAACUCAAAAUGGAAGUAAAACAGAUGGCGAUAAAGACAAAGCCACUGAAGAAAACCAGAAAGAAGGAGAGAAAGCUGAGAAUGCGGCGAAGAAGUCCAAGGAGGCAGAAGUGUUGUCGCUGACCACCAGGACUGGAGGGGCAUACAUUCCCCCCGCUCGACUGAGGGCCAUGCAGGCCAGCAUCACUGAUAAGUCAAGUGAACCUUUUCAGAGGAUUGCAUGGGAAGCUUUGAAGAAAAGUAUCAAUGGUUUGAUCAACAAAGUCAACGUGUCAAACCUCCAUUUUGUUGUCCAGGAAUUGUUCCAAGAGAACAUAGUCAGAGGAAGAGGUUUGGUGGCCCGUUCAGUAAUUCAGGCCCAAUCUGCUUCUCCCACAUUUACACACGUGUACGCCGCCCUGGUGUCAGUUAUCAACACCAAGUUUCCACAAAUAGGGGAGUUGAUCCUGCGACGUCUUGUGAUUCAGUUCCGUCGUGGAUUUAAGAGAAAUGAUAAGAAUCUUUGUCUGUCAUCCACCCGAUUCAUUGCUCAUCUGGUCAACCAACAAGUGGCCCAUGAGGUGCUGGCAUUAGAAAUCCUGACCCUUUUACUGGAGACCCCAUCGGAUGACUCAGUGGAGGUGGCUGUCGGGUUCCUGAAGGAGUGUGGACAAAAACUGACCGAAGUCACCCCUCGCGGAAUCACAGCAAUAUUUGAGAGGCUGAGGAAUGUCUUACAUGAGGGUCAGAUUGAUGUGAGGGUGCAGUACAUGAUAGAGGUCAUGUUUGCCAUCCGUAAAGACGGCUUCAAGGACCACCAGUCAGUUAUAGAGGAACUAGAUCUCAUCUCGGAGGAGGACCAGUUUACUCACCUCCUGACGUUAGAAGACGAAGGAACAGCUGAGGAAAUCCUAAAUGUAUUCAAGUUUGAUCCUGAGUAUGAAGCAAAUGAGGAAAAAUACAAAGAACUGAAAAAAGAGAUCCUGGAUGAGGGCAGCUCUGAUGAGGAGUCGGGGAGUGGAUCCGGGUCUGAAAGUGACAGUGAUGAAGAAGAGGGGGAAGGUGAAGAAGGAGAGAAACAGACAAUAAUUGACCAGACAGAAACUAAUCUGAUUGCCCUCAGGAGAACAAUCUAUUUAACCAUCCAGAGUGCCUUAGACUUUGAGGAAUGUGCUCACAAACUUCUAAGAAUGGAACUCAAACCUGGACAAGAGGUUGAGUUAUGUAACAUGAUUCUUGAUUGCUGUGCACAGCAACGUACUUAUGAGAAGUUUUUUGGAUUGCUAGCUCAGAAUUCUUCGUCAGUUUCGUUCGGGACAGAGAAAGAGAGAGGAGAGAGAGGGGGUGGAAGCUUUUAA